AUGAUGUUUUCCGUACCCCUACUGUUAUUUAUCGUGUCAAUUGUCGACUGCAAAGAUGAAGAUCAACAAAUCAUUCAUAUACGUGUUGAUGAGGAAUUACCAUUGUCAACAAUCUUAUUUACAACGACAAAUACAAUAACUUAUCGUUUAUUUGAUACGGGAAGAAAUCAAAAUUCAUUUGUUCGAUAUGAUUCAUCGACCGGUCAUCUUUUUCUUGCACGUUCAAUUGAUCGCGAAGAUUUAUGUUCGCAACGUUUAUGUUCUUGUUUACAAUGUCAAUUAACAAUUGAAUUGAUUGAAUGGCAGCCACCGUACCGUCUUUUACAACUGAUUUUGAAUAUCGAUGAUGUUAAUGAUAAUAUUCCAAGAUUUUUAUCAAAUGUUUAUGAUUUUAACGUAAUGGAAAAUACUCCAAUUGGCUAUGAAGUGAAUUUAGAACAAGCGAGUGACGCGGAUUUGGGUGAAAAUAGCCGAAUUAAUUAUCAAUUGAAGCGCUUGGAUGAAAAUAAUAAUGAUGGACCGUUUGAAUUAAUGACGAAGAUUAAUGGUGGGUUAGUUUUGAAAGUGAUUAAGGAGAUCGAUCGUGAAGAACGAGAUCAUUAUGAAUAUGAAUUGAUUGCUAUUGAUAAUGGUCAACCUAAACGACAAAGUUCAACCAAAUUGUACACUAAAAUCGAUGAUAUGAAUGAUAAUCCUGUUGUUCUUGCCGAAUCAUACAUUCAUUUAAAUGUUAGCGAGAGUACACCUGUUGGUGUUGAAUUAGCACGUAUUAAUGCAACAGAUAGAGACAUUGGAUUGAAUGGAAAGAUUCAUUAUUCGAUCACAAGUGGACUUCCAUCAUCGAGUUGGAUGGAUCUUUUUCGAAUCGGCGAUUCGACUGGAAUAUUGACUCUAGUUGGUCGACUUGAUUAUGAAUCUGAACAAUCUUAUCGUUUAACAAUUCAAGUACGCGAUUUAGGCGAAAAUUCUCUCGCACGUUUUGCUACAAUUGAUAUUUCAAUUCUCGACGAGAAUGAUAAUCGUCCACAAGCAUUCGUGACAUUUGUUCAAUCGUUAAUCAAUGAUUCGAUCAUCCCCAUUCAUGAAAACAUUCCAAUCGGACAGAUUUUAGCGCAUGUUUCGAUCUCUGAUCAAGAUUCAGGGCUAAAUGGCGAAAUGUCCUAUCGAAUUGACGAAGGCAAUGAUUUAGUUGGAAUCCGAACGAUUGAUCAAAAGUCGUUUUUACUCAUUACGGAAAGUUCGGUUGAUCGAGAAGACAAUCGAGUCUAUUCGGAGAAAUUUAUUUUAAUUAUUUAUGAUCAUGGUCAACCUUCGAAAGAACUUCGUUUAGAAUACAAAUUGAUGAUUAUUGAUGAAAAUGAUUCACCACCUGUAUUCAAUCAAUCAAUCAGCUGUAAUAUACAAAUAAAUCCUUCACAAAAUCAAUCAUUAGAAAACAAUCAGCCGUUGUUUCAAAUAUCUGCGACCGAUGCUGAUCUAGGUGAAAAUGCUCGUCUGUCUUAUUCAAUUCUUCCACCAUAUGAGAAUUUAUUCACUAUUAAUGAUCAGGGUCAAGUAUUUCUUUCGGAAAUUUUAAAUCAAUCAUCAUCUUAUCAUCUACGAAUAAUGGCCAUGGAUCACGGAAUCCCAAAUCGCUUGAAUACAACUCAAGAAUGUUUGAUUUCGACAUUAAAAUUCCAAAAAAUCGACGCUACACUCGAAGAUGAUAAUCAAUCAUAUUCAAAUCUCUCAUCUAUCAGUGAUAAAACUAUUUUUUCAUGGUCAUUUCCAUUAUUUGAUCAUUAUUCUUAUGUAAUCAUCGGUUUAUUUCUAUUUUUUCUAUUUAUAAUUCUUAUUAUCAUAACUAUUUCUAUCACAUUUUGUUUACAUUCGUAUAUCUUUCGUCAUCGAAAAGUUCUCAAACCCAAUCAAACCUACGAUUGUUCUCGACGAUUCAAUUUGUACGAUACGAUCCAACGAAAAUCUCCGUUUAACAAUGAUGAUAGUGCAUGUAGCAGUAAAUUAGAUGAACACGACGAUAUGACAUCAGAAGAACGUGAACGUCUUGUGAAUUUAAAUGGAAGUGAUCAAACUUCGUUUGAAUCAUCGGAUUCAAUGCAUCGGCAGAUACGAAUUCUUAACAAAAAUUCAACAAUGCGACCCUUGUCAGAUCAUCAAAGCUUUUCUCGAAUCAUUCGAAAUAGUUACCCACCUUCGCCAUAUCUUUCGUCAAUGCCUUCUGUUGUCAUUCCACCACCAAAACCACCACGAGACAGCGGAUAUGACUCGAUUUGUACAUCAAAACACCAACAGAUUGUUUCUGGACGACCUUUAUCGUUAUCAAUCUCGACUGCAACGACAUAUACAAGUAGUGGCACAGAUUCUUCAUCAUCACCGCUUCCACCGCCAUCGAUGAAUACAUUUCGAGCACCGUAUUCUUCAUUUAAAUACAAUGUACCUCUGACGAACGUCGCGCGUCUUGCUGAAGAGGAGAAAAUGGAUGUUUAG